AUUACAAACCCCUCUCCAAAAUGGGCAACCAAAGUUCAUCCCAGCCACCCCAGAACCCUUCAUUCUCCCCUCCCACUCCCUCCCAGACCCAAGCCACUGAAGAAGAGCAGCAAGAGAGGAAGGAGCAAAGUGAGAUAGAAGGUCGUGAGGAAUCAAAGCUUACUGAAUCGAAUCUAGACAAUAUUCCAGAGAGUGAUAAAGUUUUUGAUGGGGUUGAGUUUCCAGAAAAUAUUGAUGAGGGAAAAAACUCUACUCCUAUUAGAAUGAAAGUUGAUGAAGAAGAUAAUCCUAUCAUUAAAACCCAAGAAAUCCCAAAUCGUUUUCCAGGAUUAGAACAAGGGAAAGCAUUCCCAGCAAGAAGUACAGAUGUUUACUCUCGCGAACCAGGGAAAGUUAAUCAUCAGGCAGAGCUCCUCGGUGGAGAGAAUCCAAAAGGAAAAGACUUGGUUCAUCAAGAGGAAAUAGAUGAAAAUACAUCAGACGAAUCAGCAUUCGAAUAUUCCAACACAAGAAAUACCAACACCCUUAUCACUGACUCCCAAGCAUCAGUCACCACUUUCUCCGUUCCAGAACUAAUCCCAGACCAUUUUUCCGACCAAAACUCCCAGCUGUCACCCCAGCACCCUCUUCCAGCCCCAACCUAACCUACAUCUCCUCUUAAUCCUCUUUCCUCACAGUUCCUCUUCCUUCUCCAGCUAAUUU